AUGGUCUCUAAGCGCAUGGAUAUUAUCCGCAAAAAACAAGAGAUAGACGGAUUAGACGACGAGAUUAUUGAUUUCCUUUCUCAGUCCACCAGAAGUAGCACGCAAAGAAUAUAUGAUAGUGGAUGGAAGAGAUGGGUUGAGUGGUGUGCACAUCAAACACCAGAAGUCAUACCAGAAGAAUAUCAACCAAUGCAAGUAGUACGAUACCUUUUAUCAAUAAAACAUCAGUCGCCCCAAACACUAAAUGUAGCAAGGUCAUCCUUGGGAUCCGUAUAUCGCAUUACACAUCCUACCAAAAUUCCACUGGCAGAUCAUCCUCUGAUCCAAAACUUCUUCAAAGCAAAGAAAUGA